AUGGACUCAUUUCACGAUGGCUCGCUCGCCUCCCCCACCAAAGCCCGCCAGGCAGCUAUCCAGGCUAAGGACUGGGCGUACGUGAACUCCUGGCUCAGCCGCCAGUAUGCGCCCAAACCAGUACCCCAUUUCGAACGCAACGAGGACACCCUCCGCGUUCUUUUGACGUUGGCUGCAGCCAACGAUGCUGCGGACGAGGAAACCCGUCUCCAACACCUCGCUCGUGAAGAAGCUGUCCGUACCUUUCAAUUACGUGAAGAGGCUGAAGCAAAGGACCCUCAUAAACGCCAGAAGAAGGAAAUUCUGGACGAAGUCGAGAUGUGCCUUGACGAAAAUGGCAGAAACAAUCUAGACGAUCUUUCUGAUGCAGCAGUUGCCCUUGGUAACACUUUGAACCCUACUCCUGAGGAUCUGAGCCAUUCGAUUGUCGAGCUCACAGCAGAAGAGUUCGACACGCAAGACCAAAUGGCCAAGGUGGAUAUGUUGCACCGAUACCUCCAGAAAGAGCUCAUACGGCUGCAAGAUGAUCUGGAAGAGCUCAGGUCUGACAAGGCAUACGAGACGCCGGCGGAUACCCAGAGCUUGACUUCGGAGUGGGUGCGAGGCACGAAGGUGCUCAGCACGAAAGUUGGGGAAUAUCAGGACCGUAUUGCAUCACUCGAGCGGAAUCAACCAUGUGGUCCUACUAUCGACAAGAUUAUGGUGGAAGAAGAGAAUGUCAUUCGGCUGAGGGAGACUGUCAGGUCCCUUGAAGGUCGUGUGAAAGCUUUCCACGACUUACCGAAGGAUGUACCAGGAGCUCGGGCGCGAUACAAAGAACUAGAGCGCGAGUUAGGCCAUCUCACACGACAACGAGAUAUGAUGUUCGGAAAUCUUGUCGAGCGACGAUGA